GAAGAAGUGAAUGUUAGCUAACUAAUUUAACUGCUGAUUAAUUUGUAAAAUACAAAUUCAUAAAACAAAAAUACAUCAGCAAGAAGAUGGGAGCAACAACCACUCUCACAAGUAGAGCAACUACCAAUACCAACUUUCAGUUGUUUCAUCAGCAUCUGCUAACGGUCAAAUACAGCGUUUUCGCGGUUUUUUCUCUCACUAGUAAUUCGAGGAGAGAGAAAGACUGUGUUUUUGUUUCUUUCGAGGUAAAGAAUCACCGCCCACCAUUCCCCAUCAAUGUAUUUCUUAUUUCUAAUUGUUUGCCCACCAACUGUUUGUUGAAUUACCCCAAUGAAUAAUAACAAAAUUACAAAGAAAUAUAAAGAUGGGGUUAUGCUUGUAAUACUAUAAUAAUGGAGUUUUUUGGGUGAAGAAGAAGAUUUUGCUGAAAUUAUGGUGAAAAAGGGAUCCACUUUUGCCCUUCAACUUCACCUGCAUUACCAGCAAUCUUCAUUAAAUUUCUCUUCUUUUUCACUCUUUAACCUUAGCCCUAAAAAAUUUCAUUUUUUUGUCAAUUUUUUUUGCAUUUUUUAAUUGUUUACAGAAGUUGGGUGCACCUAAUUUUGCUGCAUAAGUAAGAGUUUCAACUACACAGAUCUGGGUUUUGUUUUGCUACAUUUGUUGGAUUUUGUUCUUAAGAAAGAUCUGUUUCUUGUUACAUUGAAAUUCUUAUUUUUUUUUUUUUUUUUUUUGAAGAUAAGGGUUUCUGUAUCUGGACAUAUAUGUCUUCCUAGGUGUCAGAUUAUAAAAGUAGAAAAAACUCCAUUUUGAUUUUGGGUUGAAUUGAAAAAACUAUUUUUAUUAUUGUUGAUCAUCUUCCUCAUCUAUUUUGAUUAUCUGAUGAGCUUUUUAGGUAAAGGUGAUAGCUUUAGUACUUUAGUAGUAAACCUUAUUAUUAUUAUUAAGGUAAGAAGAAGCUCAAGUAAGCAACACCUUUUGGGUGUCAACUAGGUGAAUGAAUGUCCACCUUAUUCUGUCCUUUUUAGACUAAAGAAGAGAGCGCGUGUAAUAGAGGAUACCACGGUAUACUUGUACUCGUAUGUGUUAUUGUACGAGUACACGAUAUAUUUGAGAGUUAGACAUUUGUAUUAAAGUAAGCCGUAUCAUUAUUCGCAUAGAGAGGAGUGUUUAAAGAAACCACCUAUUUUGAUUGGAUUAGAUUGUUGAGAGGGUGGUCCAUUUUUUGGGUUUUGGUGGGCUCUAUCAAACCAAUAAAAACCCAUAUCUUGGAAGUGUGAGGUUUGAAGAUCCUCUUCCCAUUCACCCCAUUUGUUUAUUUUUUUGUAAGAAAAAGUUAGGGGGGUGUUGAGGAAGAAAGAGUAAGACCUUUCAUCAAUUUCUAUAAUUUAAUUCUUGGCUUAUAAUUGCUUUUGCCUCAAUUGGUUUCCUUGCUUUGGGUGUGCCCUUAUCUUUAAUAACUUGAAUUAGAUUAUUAUCCAUCAUUACUAUUAUUAUUAUUAGUAAAUACAAAUCAUUCUAAAUGCUUUUCUUGUUGGUUACUGGCAUCUCCUUCUUCUUCUUCUUUCUAAACUCCUUAUCUUUAAAACCACUUCCACCUUGGGCUAGUGAUGUGAGGUUUUUACCACUCUGCUUCUGGAAAGAGUUGUCUUUCUCUCCCAUUUGCAAAGCUCUUAAAAAAGGAAUCUUUGGUAUUUUUUGGGAUCUUCCAUUUCCCUCUAUUAUUAUGGCAAUAAAACAGGGUACUUUUAGCUCUAAAUUUGAGAAUGUUCAUGAAAAUGAGCAAUUAUCAGUCUUGGAUUUGCCUGAACUAGCAUUGGAUUGUAUUCUUGAGAAGCUUUCACCCGCCGGCUUGUGUAGUAUGGCUGCUGUUUGUAGCUCAUUGAGGGAGAGAUGCAUCAGUGACCACCUUUGGGAUAGACACAUGAAGCAUAAAUGGGGAAGGGUUUUAGGUCCUGCAACUUACCGCGAAUGGCAAUGGUUUAUUGCCUCUAGACGAAAUUCAAGUGUUUCUGCUGGGAAAAAAUCACAAGGUUUUAUGAAAUAUAUUUGGUAUGUAUGGCCUUUGACAUGGUUUGCAUCAAAAUUUGAUAAGUCUUAUAAUAAGGAUUCUGCUUCUCCUCUGGUUGAUACUGUUAUGUCCUGGUUUUUGGCUAUUGAAAGUGGCAAAUUCUGGUUCCCUGCUCAAGUUUACAACCGUGAGAAUGGUCAUGUUGGUUUUAUGUUAUCCUGCUAUGAUGCUGAGCUUAGCUAUGAUCCCCAAACCGACACGUUCCAGGCAAGAUAUCCGCCCCAUGGAAGAAGGGCAGUGGCGAUAGAGAGUGGUAUUCAAUGGGAAAGGCUAAGGGCAGCACCAGUGGAUACUCCACCACAUGAUCUUCAUGCAUCUGAUUGCUUAAAUGAUCUACACCCUGGAGAUCACAUAGAGAUCCAGUGGAGACGGAAUAAAGAAUUCCCUUACGGAUGGUGGUAUGGUGUCGUUGGCCACUUGGAGUCAUGUGAUGGGAAUGAGAAUUAUUGCCGAUGUCAUAGCAGUGCAGACACUGUUGUGCUCGAGUUUAAUCAAUAUACACCUGGAUCACGGUGGAGAAGGACAAUUGUUAACAGGAAGGAUCACAGAGAAGAAGGAAAUGAAGGAGAUGGAUUUUAUGGAGGUAUAAGAAAGCUUCACACGAACAAUGAAAUUGCUACUUGGAAGAGUUUGUGGCCUAGGGAAAUUUUGGAGUAGUGAACAUAUUCGGGAAAAUUUGUUUCCCUCUAGGCGUCAGAUCUAAACAACCGAAGCAGCUCACAAGUAUGCUAACCACAUCAGUAGUUGCUAUGAAAUUUAUUUUUUGUGCUUUGUGAAAGCUGUGAUGAGAACAUGCAGAAACAGGCUAGUAUUUACUGUGAUGAAAAUCAUCUUUUUAGCCUCCAAUUUUAUUCCCACCAAAAUUUUUCAUGGAUGAAUUAUAAGGGGUAGUGAAUGGCUACUCUUGUGAAAUUCAUUCCAUGCCACAUUGCAUCUGUAUGGGUGCGAAUUUGAUGUACUAUAAAUAGCGACAUACCAUAAAUCUUUUGUAGUAAUAAGAACUUUUUACAGUGAUGAAUGAAUAACAGUUAGUUUUAUCAUACUGAGUUUUUUUUUUUUAAAUUUUUUUUAUGGUGGUGAAAAGAUAGAGAACAAACACACUAUCUGCUAGGAAGUGGGCUCUACGGACAUUGCUUCUACCCAUCUUAAUACAUAUUACAAAGGCUCUUUUUUACUGGCCUA